UCCUCAGGCAGCGCGGCCCCGGGGCCUGUGCCCGAGGGGGUGAUCCGGCUCUACAGCAUGCGGUUCUGCCCCUUCGCCCAGAGGACGCGCCUCGUCCUCCGCUCCAAGGGCAUCAGCCAUGAAGUAAUCAACAUCAAUCUGAAGAACAAACCUGACUGGUUCUUUGAGAAGAACCCCUUUGGGCUGGUUCCUGUUCUGGAGACCAGCAAGGGCCAGCUGAUCUAUGAGUCCCCAAUCACUUGCGAAUAUUUGGAUGAAGCAUUUCCAGGGAAGAAGUUGAUGCCUUCAGACCCAUAUGAGCGAGCCUUUCAGAAGAUGCUCUUGGAACACUUCUCAAAGAUAACACCCCUAGUUUUCAAGUAUUUUGUGGCAGUCAAAGAUGGACAGGACGCCACGGCACUGAAAGCAGAGAUUGCUGAAAAGUUCGGCAAACUUGAAGAGAUUCUAUCCAAACGUAACACUGUGUUUUACGGUGGGGAUUCAGUCUCCAUGAUUGACUACAUGAUCUGGCCAUGGUUUGAACGUCUGGAACCAUUCCAGCUGAAGGACUCUCUGAGUCACACCCCAAAGCUCCAACGCUGGAUGGAGGCCAUGAAGGAGGACCCUGCUGUCAAGGCUACAAUGACUGACCCACAGACAUUCAAAGGUUACCUCCAGCUCUAUGUGAAGAACAGCCCUGAGGCAUGUGACUACGGGCUCUGAGGUGCCAGCAGGCACGUGCUUGCUGAAGUGUCAGUGCUUCUCUUCAGUGUGAGCUGUGGGAAGCUAGUGUAAUUCGGUGCGGGCUCUUCUGUGGUUGCAUUUCAUAAUGGGGAAUAAAUCUGUGCUGAAAAGGCUG